GGGGCUCGGCCAGCCAAGGCUGGGAGCGGGAACCGGCAGCGGGAAGCGGCCGCCGCCCGUGGAGCCCGAGGCUAGGCAGGGCGAAGCCAGGCGGGGCGGGGCUGGGCGCCACGGGAAGGGGAGGCCGGGCUGCCUUGGGACCGACCGACCCGAGCCACUCUCCCAACGCCAGCCACGAUGGGGCUGGAGACCGAGAAGGCUGACGUGCAGCUCUUCAUGGCCGAUGACGCCUACAGCCACCACAGUGGUGUCGACUACGCAGAUCCCGAGAAGUAUGUUGACUCGAGUCAUGACCGGGAUCCUCACCAGCUCAACUCGCAUCUUAAGCUAGGCUUUGAAGAUCUGAUUGCAGAGCCUGAGACUACACACUCCUUUGACAAAGUGUGGAUCUGCAGCCAUGCCCUCUUUGAAAUCAGCAAAUACGUGAUCUACAAGUUCCUGACAGUGUUUUUGGCCAUCCCCUUGGCCUUCGUUGCGGGUAUCCUGUUUGCUACCCUCAGCUGUCUGCACAUCUGGAUCCUGAUGCCUUUUGUGAAGACCUGCCUCAUGGUCCUGCCUUCCGUGCAGACAAUAUGGAAGAGUGUAACAGACGUUGUCAUUGGCCCAUUGUGUACAAGUGUAGGACGCACCUUCUCAUCUGUCAGCAUACAACUGAACCACGACUGAUCACUCAGGCCUCAGGUCCAAACAUUUGGAUGCUGUACAACUCUGUUGAUGUAACGAGAAAGUACUACUGUCCUGUUCGCUUCCCAACUGUUAUAAUUACUCUUACAAUGGGACUUUUAAGAUGGGUUUAUCGAUGUUCGCUGACAGAUCUUUACAAAUAAUGAUUUCCCCACUAAAAGCCAAGGAUUCUAUAUCUAAUUCUAUGUUUUGUAUACUAAGAAUCAGCAACACGCAAUGUAAGAACAGACAGCUUUUUACUUUAGGAAAAAACAUCCAUCAAUCAGGAGCAACGUCCUCAGACAUUAGAGUAAUUUUGUGCCUAACUGCUCAUAAAAGUAAAAAAUUUCUCAUUUUCUUUUACUUUAGGAGUAAUGCCCUUAAAGCUACUUUUCCAGACAUGAUCAUAAGGCUAGCUAGAGGUAAUAUAUUCCAAGAUUCUAGAAACGUUGUGCAUAUACUUAUGAUACAAAAGCAUAUACUUAUGAUAAUAACUAUCAAAUAUAAUAAGAAAGAUAAAUGUGAAAAUGUGUUCCUCUGCAAUAUUAUUAGCCUGUCAGCCUAUUUAAUAAGAUGUUUCAUUUUGCUGUAUAUUUUACACCUAAUGCAAGUGUUAUUCUAAUGCAGUCGCCUUGGAGUGUGUUUUUCUUGCAUUUGCCAUCUUAUUGAUCUCAUAUAUAAAGUAAGCAUAGCUAAGUUUCUUGGUAAGACUGUGAUCUCGUAUCUGAGAGUUCUGAUAGCUUCUUUGGAAUGCAGUGUAAAACAUGCUGUCUAAGUGUCCUUUCCAACUUUCCCAGCAAAUGUUUUAUGACUGGGGUUUGUCUGUCUGUGACCAUAAGAUGUGUAGCUGUUUUGUUUACUAGAAGUUUUCUCCCAUAUAGUUAGAAACUGAAUCUGUAUUCUACAUUCCUAUGAAUGCGUCACUUACUUUCAAGUAAUUCUGGUGCUAGUUAAUAAUAUUUUUAUGAUAAAGGCUAUGUCUAACAUCUAAGCACUUUUUUUUUUACUGCAGUGGCUCACGUGGAGAACUUACAGGAGAAUUAACAAUUGUGAGGGUUUAGAAAAUUAAGUACAUGUGUAAAUUAAAAACUAACAGUUACAAAUUUUCAAGAUGUUCUCUAGUGUGAAUGUUGUAACCCAUAAAACAUUUUUUCUUUUCAAUUCUAGACCUAUUUUAGCAGUUACUCAGCACGGCCUUUUAAGAAUUGGUAUAUAAAAACUUUCUAUGUUAUAAUUAUGUAAUUUUUCAAACUUCAGAAUUAUUAUCAAAACCUGAAUGAGCUCAUAGGUGUCAAAUCUUCACUGAAUGAAGAUAAUUGUUUUGAAACUUUCAAUUCUGGUCAGUAUUAUUGGUGAUUGAACUGGGAUUCUAUUGCAGACCAGAUCAAAAUAUCAUAUCAAGAGACUAAGCUAUAAAAUUCAUAUCAAUUUGAUGGUAAUCAUAAAAGAAACAUUUCAAAACUCCUUAGGGUAUUGUACCAUCUGCAGAAAAAGAAGUCAUAGCAUGGUAAUAGCCACAGAGCAUUGUCAUUAAAGUGACUCUGAAAAUUGUAUCAUACUAGUCUCCAAGGUCAGUCUCAUGGCUUUAUAUUACUUUUUGUUAUUUAAGUUUUAAACACCUGGAUAUAUUGAUUAGUCAAAACUUUAACAAUAAAAUAUCAGUUUAAUAAAUUAUAAGCUUCAACCUUUUAAAAUAGUUCUUGACAGAUUUUAAAGACAAAUAUGUAUAAUUAUAUAUAAAAAACCUUUAAUUUCUAAUAUAUAUGAUUUCCUUUUGCUGAAUAAUGAUUACUUUCGAGUGAACUUUGAUUAAAACUUUUCCUGAAUUAUUUUGUCUCAAAAACUCAAAUUAUGAAUAAAAGAAAUCAAAGUUGAAUA